UGAGUAUUUAGCGAAUAGUAUUGGCAAACCUGUCUAGGAGGAAGAUGGCGUCACAAGUAUUCGUUAGGAGUGUAAUUAGUGGUAUAAAAACGAGAACAGCGAUACAAUGGAAUGGCUGUGCAGUGCACACCGCAGCCGUGCAGCGCACUGACAAUGUCGACAAGGCACUGGACGUAAAUGAGGCCACCCAGGUGGAAACUAAGUAUGCGCUCAUGAGGACAGAUGAAGUGUCUCAUCAGAAGCAGCUUGAAGGCUACAUAACUGUGGAUCAGCCGAUGAACAUUUCUGCUAUUACUGGGGUCCCUGAAGAACACAUCAAGACUCGCCUGGUAAGAAUCUACAGACCGUGCAAGAAUGCCAUGCAAUCCGUUACUGACAACACCCAACGGUGGGAGAUUGAGUUUGAAACCAGGGAACGCUGGGAAAACCCACUCAUGGGCUGGGCAUCCACGGGUGACCCUCUCUCCAACUUAAAGGUUGAAUUUGACACCGAAGAUGAUGCCAUUGCUUUCUGUGAGAAGAAUGGAUGGAAAUGGUUUGUGGAGAAGCAGAAGGAAAAGGCGAUGAAGCCAAAGUCCUAUGGAAUAAACUUUUCGUGGAACAAGAGGACGAGAGUUUCCACAAAGUAAAGAAAGUAUCUCGAUGUCUAGUGUGUGGCUCUGUAUAAUUGUAUUUAGAACAAUAAAAUAUUAUGCUCUGUAGA